CCUUCAUUUUACAGAGAAAGAAACCCAUGGAAAGUGGAGAAACGUGGAAAGGUGACAAAGAUAAAUGGGAUUAAUAGAUGAGCCGCAGAUGUAUCUGUAGAGCGAAGACUACACCCAGAGAUAACCAGUCUUGUGGCUUUGGAGGUAGGAGGAGACGGUAGGGCAGUUGGCGGAGGCUGCGAGGAAGCACGGCAGCGGGUACUGCGUCAACAGUGAGAACCGCAGAUUAGAGGCCCAGAGCCCUGCCUGAGCGCUGCAGUUUCAAGGAGGGGACUUCCGUAUACGAUGCCGGAAGCCGGGCAGGGCUGAUUAUGGAGCGGAGCAGGGAGCAUCUGGUCCUCUACGAUCACCACCUGGGCAGCGUCAACGAGACGGCAUCAGAGCUGCCAGGGAGGGAGCCGCGCGGAGGGAGAGUCCAGGAUAAGGUGAAGGUGGAAGGCAUUGUCUCUGCUCUCCUGUCAGCUGUCACUUUUUACAGCCAUCAACAUACCUGAUGGAUUUCCUCCUUAUGGGAGCCGGGGCUGGAGGAAAGGUGUUGGGGACUGCUGAGGGCUGAACCGAGACAUUGCAACCUACGCAUCCCCCUGCUGACUCUGUACCUGGCCACCUCCUGGAGUCCAGGGGCUGCCAUCUUCUCUUGAAUAAUGGUCACCACACAGGGCUGGCAUGAAGUGAAGAUAGCAGCUUUCAACCUUGCCACCAUGGCUUCCAUCUGGCCAAAGAAGUUAAGCCUGAAGUGAAUUCUCCCAGCAAUCAGAUUCCCGGCCGUCGGUUGCACGCGCUAAUCCGGGCCAUCCUCAUCUCACAGUGGGGAGCGCUGGAAACGGCUCCAGGGGCUUGGCCCGCUAAGCAGCAUCCUCCGACAGUGGAACACUCAAUGUCGGAACGUUCCGAAGAUGACGUCGGAGCGUUCUCGAAUCCCGUGUCUCUCGGCUGCUGCUGCCGAAGGAACAGGGAAAAAGCAACAAGAAGGAAGAGCAAUGGCGACACUGGAUCGCAAAGUGCCCAGUCCGGAGGCGUUUCUGGGCAAACCCUGGUCCUCCUGGAUCGACGCCGCCAAAUUACACUGCUCCGACAAUGUAGAUUUAGAAGAGGCUGGAAAAGAGGGUGGAAAAAGCAGGGAGGUUAUGAGGCUUAAUAAAGAAGAUAUGCACUUGUUUGGCCACUACCCAGCACACGACGACUUCUACCUCGUGGUGUGCAGUGCCUGUAACCAGGUCGUCAAGCCGCAGGUCUUCCAGUCCCACUGCGAGAGAAGACACGGUUCAAUGUGUAGACCUUCUCCCUCUCCGGCGUCUCCACCCUCCAAUGCCCGGACAUCACUAGUACAGGUGAAAACGAAAGCCUGUCUCAGCGGCCAUACCUCUGCCAGCAGCUCCUCAAAGCCAUUCAAAACGCCCAAAGACAAUCUCCUAAGCUCCAACAGCAAGCAGCACACAAUCUUUUCAGCGAAGGGAUCAAGGGACAAAGCAUGUGUUCCGGUUCCCGUAGUCAGUUUAGAGAAAAUUCCUAACCUAGUGAAGGCAGAUGGUGCCAAUGUCAAAAUGAACUCUGCAACCACUACUGCGGUCACUUUCUGCUCCACCUCAUCCUCUGCCGUCUCCACCCCACCUGUCAUUAAGCCGGUCUUGAUGUCCAAGUCAGUGCCACCUUCCCCAGAGAAGAUCUUAAAUGGCAAAGGAAUUUUGUCUGCCACCAUAGACAAGAAACACCAAAAUGGCACCAAAAACAACAACAAGCCUUACAGGAGACUUUCAGAGAGAGAAUUUGACCCAAAUAAACACUGUGGAGUAUUGGAUCCCGAGACAAAGAAACCUUGCACAAGAUCCCUCACCUGCAAGACUCACUCCCUAAGCCAUCGGAGGGCAGUCCCAGGCCGGAAAAAGCAAUUUGACCUCCUUCUGGCGGAACACAAAGCCAAGUCCCGGGAAAAAGAAGUUAAAGAUAAAGAGCAUCUCCUGACUUCGGCAAGGGAAGUACUUCCAAACCCAUCCGGGCCAGCGCAGGACUCGCUGCCGGGAUCUUCAGGGAGCUUGGGCCCAGAACCUAAAGUCGCGUCCCCUGCAAAAUCCAGGCCACCUAACUCUGUGCUUCCUAGACCAUCAUCUGCAAAUAGCAUAAGCAGCAGUACAUCUUCAAAUCACAGUGGCUACACUCCGGAACCCCCUCUACCCCCAGUUGGAGGUGACCUCGCCAGCCGACUGUCAAGUGAUGAAGGGGAGAUGGACGGAGCCGACGAAUCCGAGAAGUUAUUAGACUGUCAUUUCUCCACCCACCACCCCAGACCUCUUGCGUUUUGCUCAUUUGGGAGUCGCCUCAUGGGCCGCGGGUACUAUGUGUUUGAUAGAAGAUGGGACCGUUUUCGAUUCGCACUAAACUCCAUGGUAGAAAAACACUUGAAUUCACAGAUGUGGAAGCACAGAAACCCGAGCCACAGGGCAUCAGGUCCCUCCCCCCUUUUCAGGACUUGUCUAACCAAUCUGCUGUCACUGAGCAACAUUGGGGCUGCCUGGGUGUCAACUCUGGAGAGCGUAGCACCCCGCUGCCCUCUCAACCUCACUGCCCAAACCCCAGGCCCCGACGGGCCCGAACCUGGAGGGAUGGCAGCCGAUGGGGGCGUGGAAGACAUUAGGAAGAAAAGGAACGGCCAAGACUCUUUUUUCUUUAACAAGCAUUUAACUCUGCAUCAGGAGACGCCAACACAGUAUUCUCUUUCAGCCAGGAAGAUCCCUCCUGCGGCAGAUAGCCCCAUGCCCUCGCCAGCAGCCCACAUCACCACCCCUGUUCCAGCAUCCGUUUUACAGCCUUUCAGCAACCCCAGUGCUGUGUAUCUUCCUUCAGCUCCCAUCAGCUCGAGACUCACCUCUUCUUACAUAAUGACAUCAGCCAUGCUCUCCAAUGCAGCUUUUGUGACAUCGCCGGACCCGAGCGCCCUCAUGUCACACACCACAGCUUUCCCUCAUGUGGCCGCAACCCUCAGCAUCAUGGACUCAACAUUCAAGGCCCCAUCUGCCGUGUCCCCGAUACCAGCUGUCAUCCCUUCCCCAUCCCACAAGCCAUCCAAAACCAAAACCAGCAAAUCCUCAAAAGUCAAAGACCUGUCCGCCCGUAGUGACGAGUCUCCAAGUAACAAAAAGAGGAAGCCGCCGUCUUCGACUUCCGCCUCUCCCUCCGUAUCCCUGCAGACAUCCCUCUCCCCAUUAUCAGGGCCCCACAAAAAGAACUGUGUUUUGAAUGCCAGUUCAGCUUUGAACUCCUAUCAGGCAGCCCCUCCCUAUAACAGUCUGUCUGUGCACAACUCAAACAACGGGGUGAGCCCACUCAGUGCCAAACUGGAGCCCUCAGGACGGACCUCGCUGCCCGGCGGCCCUACAGACUUAGUGAGACACAUGGGCUCGGGGGGCGGCAGCAGUGACUCCUGUCCCCUCUCUGUGCCCUCCCUUGCAGGGGACCUCUCUCUGGCCUCACACAAUGCCGUGUCUUCUCUGCCCCUCUCUUUUGACAAAUCAGAAGGAAAAAAGCGUAAGAACUCAAGUUCUAGUAGCAAAGCCUGUAAAAUCACUAAAAUGCCUGGAAUGAAUAGCGUUCACAGAAAGAACCCACCCAGCCUUCUUGCACCGGUGCCCGAUCCCGUUAACAGCACCUCCUCUCGGCAGGUUGGGAAAAAUAGCAGCCUAGCUUUGUCACAAUCCAGUCCUUCAAGCAUAUCCAGCCCAGGACACAGCCGACAGAAGACCACAAACAGAACGGGCAGGAUAAGGACUCUUCCAUAACAAGACUAUGAAGCCACUUCCAAACCAAUGCCUGGCCACGGGACCUCACCCCAGGAGGCCAAGGCCAGGGGAGGGAGGGGAGUGGGCAGUGGGGAAGAGUCUGUUUCCUGUGCCCUGCCUGUGGCUCUGGCCUUUCUUCUUCUUUUUUUAAUUGAUCAAUUUUUAGUUUUGAGGAAAAAGAAAAAGGCAAAAAGAACGUGAAUUUGAGAUUUACAGAAAACAAUACCAGUGUUUUGUUUCCGUUCUUUAACUUGCCACGUGUAUACCUUCUUCCAAGUUUGGGGUCCCUCCUCUAGCUUCUGAUGCUGCUACUGCAUCAUUUUGCUCCGGCCACAAGAGCAGACAUUGUAGAAUGUCCGUUCCUGGUUGGCAUCGUCUGGAACUCUUGAACUUGAGCAUGUGCAGUGCUCCUUUCCUUGCCCUCUCCCAUCCUUCCCUUCUGUCCCCUCCUACCUGCCACUCUCUGGGUCCCCACUGACCAUCAGAGGUACGGGCUCUCAAAAGCUCCCUCUAGACAGCGUGCUGCAUCGGGGGGCGGUUACUGGGGAGCAGCCCAUGUUUGGGGAGCAGAGAGCUGGAGGGUGGGCGAGUGCCCUCAUCAAGUUUCUAGGACGCACCAGCACAGAGGAGGGAGAUGCAAAGUUGAGAACAGCAGCCAUUUAAUGAUGGGGCUUACUCAGUACCACUGUCCAGCUGUGCAGCUCGGAGAAGAUGUCCUGGGUUAGGGACAGGAGCAGGAAUGGACCCGGGAGGUGGCAGGAAGAAGGGCCUGGGGGUAGGAGAAGAUAUCCUCAAAAGAUGGUGGGAACUGGGUGACUGAUCAUCUGAGCGUGUUAGGAAUCCGUGCUGCAAAAUCCCUUCCAGGGCACCAUGUACAAGGGCGCAAAGCUGGGCGAGUCACAGGGGGAGGAAUCCCAGGGAAAAGGGCACAAGACCUCAGGAAGCCACUCAGGAAGAGGCACAGUGCCCACCGCUGUGGAAGGUCUCAAGCUGCCCUCCGGGGCGCUGCCAGAGGAGAAAAAGCAGAACCGGAAGGAAAGGCCUGAGGGAAAGCUGCCAUGGAGGGUUAAUUGCCAAACAGCUGGUGAUUGGUGAGAAUAAUUACUAGCAUUGCCCAGCCACCUCCAUGCCCUGGGCCAGAGGGCCCCGUGGACUCAGCACACCCAUAGAUCAGCUCAUGCUAGGUUGUCGGAGGCCACCACUCCGAUACAGCCAACCCAGGAAGGAGUGGUAAGACCACUGCUUAUGGAGAAGAGCCAUUUGGAAGAUCCGGAAGGGAGAAGCUGGAGGCCUGCAGCUAUAAAACUGUUCACACUGGAGUUUUGAAAGAAACCAAUACCAUAAGCUCUAAUUGGGAAUCAUAGUCAAGAAAGGAAUUCACCAUAUAAAAUAAGUGUUCUGUGCUAUGAAUCAUGUAACUUUGUAUACAGUGUAAUGGCAGAGAUACCAGGAGGUUUUGCUUCAUCCCUAAGUCAGAAAUGAAUGCCAGUUUUGCAGCUGGACAUAAACCCUCAUCCCCACCCUGAAGUUUUCCUUUUCUUUCCCAUUCCCCCCAAACCCAAGGAUCAGACUACUGUUAAAUUUCACCGUAUGAUUGGAUUUUGCGAAGACGGGAGGCAAACGGAGUGAUUUGCAUCAAUGGAAUUGCACUGACAGUGUUUCUUAAUAGGAUUACUAAAAUUUUUAAUAUAAAAUGAAGAUUUUUUUAAAAAUCAGGAGUUGAUAUUAGGUACUAGGACAUUAGUUCGGAUGAUUUCAUUUUUAUUUCUACAGUGUUAAAAGUGCACUUAUAUGCUGGUUUAUUUCCAUCUUGGGAAAAAGAGACUGCAAAUUGAAGGGAAGAUUGUUACUUUUUCUUUUUUUUAAAAAAAAAGGUUAAGGCAGAUUUUAAGACUUAUAAAUGUUUAAGAAAUUAUAAACAAGGUUAGACCCUUCGAAAAAAAGUUUAGAAGAUAUUCUUAAAGUAAAUUUUUAUAGUGUUAAUUUUGUAAUAAUUUAUGUUUUACUAUAUUACAGAGCUAACUGACCAGAAUAGUUUCAGAAACAAUAUGAAACUUAGGAAAGUUGAAGCAACGUUUAUAUUUUUAAAAUGUUCUUUGAAUUAUGUUUUUAUUGUACAUUUCUUCAGACUGAAAAGUAUGUACAUAUCUUUGUUAUUUUUGCACAAUUUUCGUCUCGUUCGGUUUUAGAAGUCUGGUUUUUUUUUAUAAUUUAUUUUGAGUUGUAAUACUUGCAGGAGUAAAAACAAAAAAAAAUCUCAGCAACAAAAUAACCCUCUGAUUUAUAAACUCUUACACUCAAAGAAGGAAAACAAAAGUUGAGAGAUUAAGUGGCUGCUUCUGAGAAAUAAUGUCUCAACAGGGACUAAAGGAGCAAUUCAAUGGAUUUUAAACGUUUUAGCUCUCUACAUCUUGAAUUGCAAGCUGGAAUAAAGAGGCUCCCCACCGAAUGCUGCUUACUUGGUGAAAGACUGGCUCUGACCAAGGUGAGGACAUUUCUGGAAAACUGAGCAAAAAGGGAAAACCCACGGUGUUUCUUCCUUCACAGUCAACUACAGGUUUACUUUAUAAUGAUGUAUUCAGAACUCACAGCUUGAAAAACGGAAUGCAAAUAAAAGGUUUUCUUUCGGUUUGUUUGAA